AUGGAUACGAGUUGGAUUGAUUUACGAAAUGAUGAUCCGGCUUUUUAUAAAGGUUGCAUGACUUUCAUUGAGCUAGCUAAAGAGACUCUUAAAGAAGGAAAACUCGAUAGUAAGUGUAAGUUGCGUAAAUGGUAUAGUGCGGAUGAUGUAGGGGGACAUAUUUUGUUUAACGGUUUUCACAAGGAGUGUAGGAAUUGGAUCUUUCACCAUAAAAAUGAUGAAACAAGUAGUACCCAAGGACCUCUUAGUAGCCAAGAAACGAUAGUAGGUCGAGACGAUAUUCGAGGCUUGCUAAAUGAUGCAUUUAGUGUUAGCAUUCCACCAUCCACUUCUCAACCUCAAGAUCAAUCUUUUGAAGAACCACAUUUAGAGGAGGAAGUAUUAGGCGACAUGCAUGAGGAGGAUGAUUUCCCUUAUGAGGAGGUAGAUACUGAACUUCCAUCCUUCAAUACCAAAGAAGAAGAAAUCAAAUAUAAAAGACUAAUUAAAGCUUCUGAUGAGGUUCUUUAUGAGGGGUGUACUACAUUUUCAAAGCUAUCAUUUCUUUUGCAUCUAUUUCAUCUUAAGUGUAUGUUCCAUUGGUCUGCCGAGUCAUUCACAAAGUUGCUUGAACUUCUGAUAGAUGCAUUUCCUCAAAUAAUGGAAUUUCCGUCAUCCUAUUAUGAGGGAAAGAAGGUAAUUAAGGAUUUGGGUCUAGGUUAUGAGAAAAUUGAUGCUUAUCCUAAUAAUUGCAUGUUGUAUUGGGGUGACUUAGCGGAAAAAGAUGAGUGCCAAAUAUGUCAUACGUCGAGGUGGAAGGCGACUAAAGGUAAGGAGGGUGAUAUAAGUGAGAAAGGUAAAGAAGCCUGUAAGAAAGGUGAGCCAGCUAAGGUUAUGCGAUGUUUUCCUCUUAUUCCUAAGUUAAAGAGAAUUUACAUGUCAUCAAAAACAGCAAAAGAUAUGAGAUGGCACAAAGAUGAUCGUGACAAUGAUGGUAUGUUAAGGCACCCAGUAGAUGCUUUGGCUUGGAAAAAAUUUGAUGAAAAAUAUCAUGAAUUCGCCGGAGAUCCUCGUAGUGUUAGAUUGGGUUUAGCAAGUGAUGGUUUUAACCCUUAUCGUCUAAUGAAUACCAAUCAUAGCACAUGGCCGGUGGUCUUGAUUCCUUAUAAUCUACCACCAUGGCUUUGUAUGAAACCAUCAUCUUUUAUUUUAUCUUUAAUAAUUCUUGGGAAAUCUGGUCCAGGGAUAGAUAUUGAUGUGUACCUGCAACCAUUAAUUCAUGAGUUAAAAAUGUUAUGGGAAGGUUUUGAUACUUUUGAUGCUUAUAGUGGGCAAAAAUUUAAGCUCCGAGCAGCCUUGCACUCUCCUAUUAGUGACUUUCCGGCAUAUGCCAUGUUAUCUGGAUGGAGUACAAAAGGUUAUAAGGCUUGCCCUAUAUGCACCCAUUCUACUAACUCAUAUAGAUUUGGAGUUCGUGAAAGUGGAUCGGAGGUCUUGAAGCAACAAGAAGGGAUCAUACAUGUUUACGGAAAGACUAACAUAUCUUCUAAGAAGAGUGGGAAGAAAAGAGGGAGAGGACAAGUUGGUGUGUCUGCUGAUGAAGUUAACGAUGGUCCUUGUGAGGAUGAUGUUAAUGAAGUUCUUUGGAGUAAAAGAAGCGUAUUUUUUGACUUGGAGUAUUGGGAGCACACCCUUUUAAGGCAUAGCUUAGAUAUCAUGCAUAUUGAAAAGAAUGUGUGUGAUAAUCUAUUGGGAACUCUUUUAGAUAUGGAUAAGAGGAGAGAUGAUGAAAAUGCUAGAAAAGCUCUUAAAGAGUUGGGGAUAAGGCCACAUCUUUGGCUUCAACCUCAUGCGAAUAGAGUAUCGUACAUGCCUCCAACUUCAUACACCAUGUCUUUAAUAGAGAAAGAUCGAUUUUUAAGAGUUCUGAAAAAGCUGAAAGUUCCUGACGGAUAUGGAUCAAACUUGUACAGGUGUGUCAAUGUGAAACAACGGAAGCUUAUUAAUAUGAAAAGUCAUGACAAUCAUGUCAUGAUGCAAGAUAUCCUUCCCGUUGCGUUAAGAGCAGCGAAGGCUACAAAAGUGAUCGAUUUUCUUGACGAGUUAUCUUACUUCUUCAAGAGAUUAUGCUCCAAUGUGCUUGAUCCAGACGAAUCAGAUGAUGUUCAAUCGAAGGUAGAACUUACUCUCUGUAAGAUGGAGAAGGAGUUUUUGCCAACUUUUUUCACAAUAAUGGUUCAUCUACUAAUUCAUUUGGUUGAAGAGGUCAAACUCGGUGGACCCGUUCAUUGUAGAUGGAUGUAUCCCAUAGAAAGGUUGGUUCACUAG